UCAAUUUAAGCCAGAAAUAAGGAAUUAAGCAAACAGACAGCAAUGGCUUCUUCUGCUUCUCCUCUGUUUCCACUCAUCACCAUGUUGCUCGUUGCAGCCUUAGUGCUCGUCCAUCCAGCCGCCUCCUACCGCCCGCUGAUCGGAGCCUGCCACGCCAGCGGUUACCUACCCGGAAAGUCCGGACACUGCGACCCCGGAUUCGACUCCGACUGCUGCCAGCCUGGCAAAUCCUACCCGCAGUAUCGCUGCUCGCCGCCCGUCUCCAGCAGCACUCGCGCUCAGUUGACCGUCAACUGCUUCCAGGAGAACUGCGACGGCGGCGCCCCCUCGGAGUGUGACGGCCAGUACCACAGCGACAAGGACAUGGUGGUGGCGCUGUCGACGGGGUGGUACCACGGCGGCAGCCGCUGCCACAAGAUGAUCAGGAUCAACGGGAACGGUAGGAGCGUGGUGGCGAAGGUGGUGGACGAGUGCGACUCUGUGAAUGGGUGCGACGACGACCACGACUUCCAGCCGCCCUGCCCCAACAACGUAGUGGACGGUUCGCCGGCGGUGUGGGCGGCGCUGGGAAUCGAUACCGACGUGGGGGUUUAUGACAUCACUUGGUCCGAUGAGUGAGCAGACAAAUAUUUAAUGGGAUCAAGUUCCAAAAAGAGAAUUAUUACAUAAUUAUAAUUACAAAGAUAUCUAGUAUACAUGUCUGUGAUUAAUGAGUGUUAAUUACCAUGUAAACAAUAUAAAAUGAAGUAUGUUUUCUAAGUGUUGUAUACUAGAUUACCAAAAAAAA